AAUGGCCAUCCAGGUGGAUAAAUUUAACUUUGAGAACAUUGUGGAGAUGGUGGACGAUGGCCUGAACUUCCCUAACCCGAAGGAAAUAGAAGAGGAAAGACAGUUGGCAAAGGGUCAAGAAAUCAACAGCAAGCUGGACAUCUGCUGGAAGAUCCCGUCCUUGAAACGUGAAGGAGAGGCAAGCGUGGAAGGAGUAUUAAAUCAGCUCGUUCUGGAGCAUCUGCAGCUGGCACCUCUCCAGUGGGAUUUGCUGGUAGACGGGAAACCAUGUGACUACGACAUCAUGGCGGACUGCAAAGUCGGGGACCCCAUACGCCUGGAGGUCAGACUGACCAAUCGCAGCAGCAGCGCUGUGGGCCCGUUUGCCCUGACGGUGAUCCCGUACCAAGAUUACCAGAACGGCAUCCAUAACUACGACCUGAAGAACAUUGUCACCUUCGUCGGCUCCAACACCUUCUACAUUAACCCUGUCCAGCCGACGGAAUUUUCCGUGUGUUUCGGCUCUUUGCUCUUCCUCUACACCGGAGAUUUUUACCUGGAUAUAAAGUUUCAAGACGACAACUCGGCCCGCGAACUGCCUCUUUCUUGGUUCUGCCUCCCCAGCGUCCAUAUACGUGCCGUGAAUGCCAUCAGCGAGGCGCAGUUCUGAACAGACACCUCGAAUCUUUAAAUUAUUUCACACA